AUGGCAAAAGAAAUAACGGAGACAGCCAAGGUGGCUGAAAACGCGACAGAAAUGCUGGCGGUGGGCGACACGGGCGGGAAGCUCUCCGUCUACAAGGGCCACGAGGAGAGCAGGCCGUGGGCGGUGCGGCCCUGCCAAGGGAUGCUCACCUGUGUUGGUGUUGGGGAUGUGUGCAAUAAAGGAAAGAACUUGAUUGUCGCAAUGAGUGCUGAAGGUUGGUUUCAUCUGUUUGACCUCACGCCUCCACUCUCAAAGCACCUGGAUACCCCUGGCCAUCAUGAGGUCUCGACUGAUGACCAGAAGCUGGGAUUCAAGCAGCACAUUCCUGCCAACACCAAAGUCAUGUUGAUCAGUGAUAUUGAUGGAGAUGGGAAGAAUGAGCUAGUUGUGGGUUAUACAGACCGUGUGGUGCGAGCCUUUCGCUGGGAAGACUCCUCUGAGAGUUCGGAGAAUAUUUCUGGGCAACUGGUACUGCUCAAGAAAUGGCUGCUGGAUGGACAGGUGGACAGCCUCUCUGUGAAUCCUGGCCCUGAUGGUGCUCCCGAGAUGCUCGUGUCCCAGCCUGGCUGUGGCUAUGCAAUUCUGCUCUGUACUUGGAAAGCAGAUCACCGGCACCCAGCAGAGGGGGGGGCAGACCGUGCUGCAGCUAGCAGGGAAGCCCCAGUCCGGGAUGUUAUUCUCCACCAGACAUCGGGUAGAAUUCAUAACAAGAAUGUUUCAACCCAUCUUGUUGGCAACAUUGGCAAAGGGGGCACCCAGCAGCACAGUGGCUCGGGUCUCUUUGCACUCUGCACGUUGGACGGAACUCUGAAGCUGAUGGAAAGGGCGGAUAAGCUGCUGUGGUCAGUGCAGGUCGACCACCAGCUUUUUGCUCUAGAAAAACUGGAUGUUACCGGAAAUGGCCAUGAGGAGGUGAUUGCUUGUGCUUGGGAUGGUCAGACGUAUAUCAUAGACCACAGCCGGACCGUUGCCAGGUUCCAGGUGGAUGAAAAUGUGAGCGCCUUCUGUGCAGGUCUCUAUGCCUGCAAGGGAGGCUGCAAUAGCCCUUGUCUGGUGUACGUCAGUUUCAAUCAGAAGAUCCUCAUCUAUUGGGAUGUCCAGUUGGAGAGGAUGGAAUCCACAAAUCUGCUGAAGAUCCUGGAGAGCAAUUCUGAAUACACAGAACUCCUGCAGCAGCUGGGCGUGGCUGGAGAUGAUGUUUCCGCUGUCAAAGAUCUGAUUCACAAGACCCUCUACUUACCGGAACAUCAGUCACGUGUCCCUCGUCAGCCGAGGCGUUGGGGCAGAACAGACUCCUCCAAGUGCCGCACAGACAUCCAAGGAGCCAUCUGAGCCAGCGGCACUGUUGCUCCUCGCCGUGUUGGCGCGGUCUGCCUGCCGCUGCCCGUUUUGCCCAUGGGGCCAUUUUAAAAGGCUGGCUGAGCAGCAUUCGGCAGGCCGGGGCAAAGGACUGGGGCCACCGGAUGAGGAGUGCCUCCCGCCCUCUUCUCAGGGUCGCCAUCAUUUGCAUUCACUCCUCAUUGGACACUCACCCCUUUGCCCAAAAAUUGGAAUUGUAAAACUUGAAGAGUACAAAAAGGAAAGUAAUUAAUGCACAGAACUCGUUAUGUGUCCAAAAGUGCUGACGCAAAAGGGGAAAGACAAGCAGAUGGUAAAAAUUGAAAUUCAUAUUCUAACUAAAGAACUUAAAAUUUGAAAAACAGUGGAGUUGAAAAGGGUGCAGAGAGUUCUCGGGGCUCCUCUUCCGAGGGGGGUGGGGUGGCCUGUUGAGGCUUCUGUUGACGUGCCGGGGAAGGAUUGGGGCCCAGAGCACACUAUGAAGGGAUCACAAUCCUGAUUGAAGAGUCGUUUUGAAGAAUCCAAUCCACACUCUGAACUAUGCCCGCAUUUAUGAGCAUGGUCCCAUCCAGCAGCUCCUGGUACAGAAUAAAAGGGGAAGUGCUGGGGAGGGAUCCCCGGGGGGGGGGCCCUUUGUGCCAUGAUAGGAAUGAGAUUCCUUGUGUUUUUGUGUGUUUAUGAAUCCCAAGUGCGGGAAAGCUGAAUUGGAAAUGCCAGUGAUGGGGAAACAUUGUGUAGUAUUGUGGUGCAACGAAGCUGGAUUGUUACUUGUGAAAAGAAAAUGCAGACCAAAGGGAGUGGGUCGGCACAUUUGUAUUUGAUGUUUUAAAAUAAAAAAAUUAAAAAGUGUGAUUUGCAAGAGG